ACACCCAGAGUGAGGGGACACACUUUACAUAUAUCAAAGUGAUAUAGGCAUCUUUGAGUGAACUUCAAGUAAAAUUCAAGUAUCUUGAGGCCGGGCUGAGUGUCCUCCUUUUUUGAAAUCAAAAUGUGGUCACCCUAAUCUUGAGGGGCCUGCGAAAGUGUGGAAGGGCCUGGAGAUAAAUGUCCACUAGCACCCGUUUCCGUUCAUCGUACCCCGGGCCCUGUUCACAUCCAAUCUAUUUUGACUGGAGGGGCUGGAAACGAAAAUAUCCCCGAGGAGCUGCCCUGUUGACAUAUUUUUUUUCUUGAGCGCUUCUUUAAAUAUUAACUUUAGCUAAAUGUCAGCUUUGUUUGUAAUAUCCACAAACGUCAGGUUUGUGUUGUAUUUUUUUUUUCAUGUGGGUUGGCCAGAGAAGUGGUUUAGGGUGUGACACAGCUGAUAACCUGAGGUUGUAAAAUAAAGAAAAAAGUAUUAAGCCGCAGUCACAGGUGGAAAAACAAGCAUUCCUUCAACUUUCAAAGCAACGCAAUGGACCCUCAGUAUUUUAAAUCCCAUACAAUGUGUUGGGGUACCCUUGGAACAGUGCGACCUUUCUCCAAUUUCCACCCACAAAAAGAUGUAAUACAGAUCCACCAAGCGCUGGAAAAGAAAGAUGUGGCUACUCUUGUGAGUGUCCUAACAAAUCGCAACAAUGUUCAAAGACGGAUUAUUGCUGAGGCAUUUCAAGGUGCAACAGAACAGGAUUUGGUAGAUCUCAUGAAAAAAUGUAUGUCAGGAGAUCUGGAGGCUCUCAUGCUGGAAUUGAUGAUGCCACCAAUGCAGCACAAUGCUCAUCGCCUGCGGCAAGCCAUGGCGGGUUUAGGUACAGAUGAGGAAACGCUGUUGGAGAUUUUGUGUACAAGAUCCAGCAAGGAGCUUCGGGAUAUUAGCGCCGUGUAUACAGAAAUGUAUGAAAGGGAUCUGGAGAAGGACCUGAAAGCAGAAACCAGUGGAGAUUUCGCGAAGCUUGUCGUUGCUCUCGUCAAAAAAGAUGUCAUCAAAGGCUUUGUUCAAAGAGACAUUGAGUCGCUGGCUGCAUCACUCAACGAGAAAAAAGCUGACGCGGCUCCUUGGAUUGAUAUUCUCACGUCUAGAGAUUCAAACCAUCUUAAAAAAGUGUUGAAGGGACUGGAGCUGGAGAGUGGCCAAAUAUUGAUUCCGGUUCUGGAGAAAAGAUUCUCUGGGGAUAUUCGUCUGGGUUUGAGUGUCUUAGUGGCGUGCAUCCAAAACCCCGAUGCGUACCUUGCCAAAAGAUUAAGCAGAAUGAAGGCCCCAGUAGUACAUGGCGUCAUGGUGUCGCACAGUGAGGAGGAUUUACUUUGUAUCAGAGUGGCCUUCCUUAAACUCACCGGCACUUCUCUCUACACAACACUACAGAAACAUUUCAACGGAGACCAUUUAGAAGCUCUUCUGGCCAUUUGUCGAUCUGAAGAUUAAUCUCAAGUAAAAUGUGAAAUCAUCUUGAAUAUUUUUCCAAAUUUGGUGCAGGUAACAGGUGACUGACUUUGGUAAAUGAUUUUAGAAGUGCUUCUUGGUCAUGACCUAUUUUUAUUAAUAAAAAAACAACAACAAACAUUGAUUUGAUGUAAAAUCGAUUCCAGAUUUUUUCUGACAUGAUGACACUAUGAGUAAAUAUAAUAUGUACUA